CGCAUGCGGAACUACAGACUGAUAAACACCACUUUCCUCAUUUGAUAGACAUGAUGACACUCCUCGUUUUACACGUUAUGUGUUAAUGACUGUUGCCCAUUUGUCAUUAAUCUGUGAUCAUCUUCCAAUAAUAAUCGCUGCGCUGGGAAGUGCCUUCUCUUUUUUUUUUUCUUUUCUUUUUUUUUUUUUUUUUAUGACAGCUCUGUUGAUCAAUAUCUGUAAACAUUAUUGAUUACUUAUGUAAUAUCUUAGUAGAACCUUAAGAUGAAGGACAUUAUUUUAUUGUUUCUCAUAACGCUGAUUGUCUGCGCGCGCACGGGGUCUGGUGAUGCAGAAGUGUCCAUCAAAGCUCCAGCAACCGUUGAUCUACAGGAAACAUCUUCACAAAACAUCACUAUUACACUGAGCACACCAUUGAACACAUCCAUAACAAUCUAUUUCAACAUCACAUAUAAAUCAAGAAAUGUCUCUUCAGUAAUUCAACUUCCUAAUGAGGUUGUCGUGCCAGCAAAAAACACAUCUGUGUCUUUUGAAGUGCAUGCAAAGGGGGUUGGUCAGGUGACCGCUUACCUUUACAGCAAUGACACUCGCAUAAAAAGCUUUGAAACUCGAAUCAGAUUCUUGAUUGUCAGAAGCAACGUCCUUUUUAUCAUCAACCAAAUCAUUGGCUGGAUUUACUUCCUGGCCUGGUCUGUGUCGUUCUACCCACAAGCAAUUGAGAACUGGAAACGACGCAGUGUUGUGGGCCUCAACUUUGACUUCCUCGCUCUCAACCUGACUGGAUUCAUUGCUUACAGUGUGUUCAAUGUUGGUUUGUUCUGGGUGCCGUAUAUACAAGAGGAGUUUUUGACUAAAGAUCCAAAUGGGGUCAUUCCUGUCGACGCCAAUGAUGUUUUCUUCAGUCUUCAUGCUGUCGUUCUCACUCUCGUCUAUAUCUGCCAGUGUGCCAUCUAUGAGAGAGGUGGGCAAAAGGUUUCCAAAUUGGCCAUUGGGUUAUUAGUGAUUGGCUGGACCUUUGCGUUUGUCUCCCUGUUUGUUGCUGUGGCACGGAAGAUCUCCUGGCUAGAGUAUCUGUACUACUUCUCUUAUAUUAAACUGGGAGUCACACUUGUGAAAUACAUUCCUCAGGUUUAUAUGAACUACCGCAGGCAGAGCACAGAGGGAUGGAGCAUUGGUAAUGUGCUGCUGGACUUCACAGGGGGCAGUUUUAGUUUACUUCAGAUGUUCUUUCAGGCCUAUAACAAUGAUAAAUGGAAGUUUAUAUUUGGAGAUCCAACAAAGUUUGGAUUGGGUGUCUGUUCCAUCUUUUUUGAUGUUGUGUUCAUCAUACAGCAUUAUUGUCUGUAUAGAAACAGAGAACAACAUUACCAUGACUUGAAUGAUGAGCAGAUUAUCAGACAUGGAGUAUGAUCACCUCACCACUGGCCUUAAAACAUGACAGAACAUGUUAAUAGAGAUUCUGGUUUAACAUGUGUCGUCUUAGUAAAGGUUUGAUGGAUCUAAAAGUGUGAACCAUAACUCAAAGGGAAAUAUGUAUAUCUUACACCAGAACCUUCAUUGUUUGAAUGCACAUCUAGUUUUAUAUUAAUCUAUAUAUAUAUAUAUAUAUAUAUAUAUAUAUAUAUAUAUAUAUAUAUAUAUAUAUAUUAUAUUUAUAUGGCUGAUUGCCAUAAAUUGUUACUGUCUCGACUAAAUAAUUGCUCUUACAAAAAUUACGGCAUACUUGCCACAAAUUCGCCACAGAUAAUUUUCACAUGCAAAUGAGCUUUGCAGAAGAAGAGCUUCAAACUUAUGUCAAACAUUUGCGGUGAAUAACAAGCUCAUUUGCAUGUGAUUGUAAUGAGCGGCAAAUUUGUGGCUAGUUUAGUUUUUUCUUUUUUUUUGUUUUCUUUUUUUUUACUGUUUUAAAUUAAAUUAAUAAAUUGUUGAA